UAGGUUUUGCUUUUACCUCUCUAUUUCGUUUUGCUUCGUCCGGAAGUUCUUCGUCGCUGUUCGACUUCGCCCUUCGACGACGUUCCCUUCCUGUUAGAUCCGAAGUUACGACAUUUUGUGUUCGGAAGCGACAACGGGAGCUCGCUUGCUGUGAAGGGUAGCAGGACAGAACGAAGAGAGGCAACAAGUUAAUUUCAAAUCGUAAUGGAAAACAUCAAAGUGAAAAGAGCAGAAGAUUCCAUUGCCGGCAAUAAACGAGCUCUCGAAGCACUGAGGGAGCUUAUCAUCCAUCCUUUCCUAUAUGGCUGCAUUUCUCAGAAACUCGGCCUUAAGUGGCCCAGAGGAUUGCUGCUUUAUGGCCCCCCUGGCACGGGAAAGACAAGCUUGGUGGAAGCUGUGGUUCUAGAGAGUGGUGCACAUCUAACUAGGAUAAGUACAUCAUCUCUCCAUAGAGCACAUGUUGGUGAAAGUGAGAAGUUUUUGCGAGAAUCCUUUGCUCAAGCACAUUCAUAUGUAUCAUCGGGGAAGCCUUCUGUUAUCUUCAUAGAUGAAAUUGAUGCCAUAUGCCCACACCGUGAUAAUAGGAAGGAACAAGAAACUCGGAUAGUCGGCCAACUUUUAACUUUGAUGGAUGGAAGCAGAACUUCAUCAAAAUCCCUUCCACAUGUUGUCGUGGUAGCUUCAACCAAUAGGGUUGAUGCAAUUGAUCCUGCUUUGCGAAGACCAGGGCGCUUUGAUGCUGAAAUUGAAAUUAGUGUUCCAACUGCAGAUGAACGGUUAAAAAUUCUUGAGCUCUAUUCAAGGAAUGUAAAACUAAAUCACAAAGUUGACCUACAAGUAAUUGCUCAAUCCUGCAAUGGAUAUGUGGGCGCCGAUAUAGAGGCAUUAUGCCGGGAAGCUGCUAGGCUCGCAUACCGCAGGUCAUCAAAUGGGGCUAAAGCUGGUGAGGUACCUACACUAAAAAUGGAAGAUUGGGAAGGCGCAAAAUCUGAGGUUGGUCCGAGUAUCACAAGAGGUGUUACGAAAGACUUUUCUAAGGUAUCAUGGGAUGACAUUGGAGGGCUAAAAGAUUUGAAGAAAAAGCUUCAACAGGCUGUUGAAUGGCCCGUCAAGCAUUCCCAUGCCUUUGCACGGUUGGGGAUAUCACCACUACGUGGUGUUCUUUUACAUGGCCCUCCUGGGUGCUCCAAGACUUCCCUUGCUAAAGCGGUAGCUCAUGCUGCUCAAGCUUCUUUCUUUUCCUUGAGUGGGGCUGAAUUAUAUUCGAAGUAUGUUGGUGAGGGUGAAGCAUUAUUGCGCAGGACAUUUCAGAAGGCUCGUUUAGCAGCACCAAGUAUUUUGUUCUUUGAUGAAGCCGAUGCCAUUGCUCCUAAACGUGGAAGUCAUGGUGGGAAUUCAAACGGUAACGUUACUAUUGGUGAAAGGCUUCUUUCAACUCUGUUGACAGAAAUGGACGGCCUCGAAUUGGCUACGGGAAUUAUUGUAUUGGCUGCAACUAACCGGCCCCAUGCAAUUGAUGCUGCUCUUUUGCGUCCAGGCCGCUUUGACUUGGUACUGUAUGUACCACCACCAGACAUAGAAGGCCGCUAUGAAAUUUUACGCAUUCAUACGCGGACAAUGAAGCUGGGUGCAGAUGUAGACCUUAAACAGAUCGCAGAUAAGACAGAUCUCUUCACAGGUGCAGAUCUUCAAGGACUCUGCAGGGAAGCAGGAAUGGUUGCUCUUAGGGAAGAUAUCACUGCUGAUACUGUUUAUGAUCGGCAUUUCCAGGCUUCCAUGCAGUCUCUGAGGCCCUCAUUAACAAGAUCGAUGAUUGAAGAGUAUUCUCAAGUCAAGUUGCAAAACAGAGGUUGAGAUUUUUGUUCAUCGAGCUUUGGUAUUACAAUUGACAAAGCCUUUAUGAAUCAAGGCCACCAGUAGAAAAAAAUUAUUAUGUGCGGUCACUGGAGGCCGUUCGGAGGCAAAUCAUGAUGCUCCACAUCACCUUUUUGUUGUGUACCGGGUGACGUGGCGCAUUUUGAUUCGUCUAUGGACAAUCCGAUGACCACACAUAAUAAUUUUUCCAACAACAGAGGCUUCUGAUUCCUAAAAUAUUUCCGGUGCAUAGGUUUUAUGGAGCCAAAUUCUUCAUCCUGCAAAUAUUUAUAUUUUUUUUUUCCGAGCAUUGUUAUUUAUCUUCCCUCACAUAGGAAAGGAAAUAUGUAGAUUUAUAGAAUGAGUGCACAUUCUACUAUUAUGCAUGUAUUAAUGGUGAGUGAAGACAGUGAACAUCUUUGAUGUUCAGCUUCUAUUUUA